GGAUGGAAUCCACGGAGAAGUGCGAGGCCGUCAUCACCCACUUCAACGGGAAAUUCAUCAAGACCCCCCCGGGGGUGCCAGCCCCCCCAGACCCCCUGCUCUGCAAGUUUGCUGAUGGGGGGCAGAAGAAGAGGCAGAGCCAGGGCAAGUUCGUGUCCAACGGCAGAGCCUGGGCCCGGGACGGCGACACGGGCACCGUGACCUUGGCCUACGACCCCUCCACGGCGCUGCAGAACGGGUUCUACCCCGCGCCCUACGGGCUGGCCCCCGGCCGGAUGCUGCCCCCCGCCGCCCUGGCCCCCUACCUGCCCUCCCCGGUGUCCUCCUACCAGGUCCACGGCCCCACCUGGAUGCACCAGUCCUACCUCGUGCAGCCCACGGUGAGCCACGCCCCCGUGACACGCCCGGUGUCCUGUCUGGUGCCACGCCCUGCGCCACACCCAGUGCCACACCCGGUGUCAUGCCUGGCGCCACACCCUGUGCCGUGCCCUGUGCCCCACCCAGUGCCCCACCCAAUGCCACACCCAGUGCCACGCCCAGUACCACACCCAGUGCAGUAUGCAUGCAGUAUGCAGUGCCACGCCCAGUGCCACGCCCAGUACCACGCCCAGUGCCACGCCCAGUGCAGUAUGCAGUGCCACGCCCAGUGCCACGCCCAGUACCACGCCCAGUGCCACGCCCAGUGCAGUAUGCAGUGCCACGCCCAGUGCCACGCCCAGUACCACGCCCAGUGCAGUAUGCAGUGCCACACCCAGUGCCACGCCCAGUACCACGCCCAGUGCAGUAUGCAGUGCCACGCCCAGUGCCACGCCCAGUACCACACCCAGUGCCGUGCCCAGUGCCCUGCCUGA